AUGGCAGCCUCACUCGCUGGAUUGUCCGCCUCAGUGACCCGUAUCCUUUAUCUUACAGGUUUUCCCAAGGAGUUGAAGACCAAAGAUAUUCAAGCAGCAUUUUCUGACUAUGACGGCCAGAAUGGUGGCUUCAAGAUCAAGUGGAGGGAUGACACUAGCCUGUUGAUUGUGUUCCAAGAUGCUACUGUUGCCAAGCGCGCAUAUCUGCGCACCAUUGCAUUCCCUCCCCCCAUCUUGACCUCUGCAACCACAGGGGUUUCUGCCACUAUCAAACCAUACGAUGGGCCAGACGCCCAGACCGUCAUUCAGACCGUCAAUUCUCGCGGACAGCACGGACCCAGUGCCUCUCGCUCCCACAACCCCCGAGCUGCUUCCAUCUCCGUCUUCCCCAACGCCCGCAGCACGUCCGGUUCGUCGUUUAGUGGGAACACGACGAAUAACUACCGCACCAACAGCCACACCAGCACGAGUAGUGGCCAACACGUUGCCAUUCCGGAGCACCAGCACCCGAACGGCCGUGAACCGUCGCCUACCCUGCCGUCCUUGCCUAUGCAUCCUACCCUCAAUUCCUUGAUAAACUCUUCCCUCGGGGAGUCGGCUUCGGGGAUUCCUCCUGACCCGGCGAUCGUCGCGACGAGUGCGCAGAAUGAAACCACCAUCAGCCCGCCGAGGAUCGGUGAUCCUGGCAAGAGAAUGUUGGGAGCGGCGUUGGGCGUAAGGCACCCAGGGCUUGGCCCUAGAGUUCUCAACGGCAAUGGGAGUCCAGGGACCAGUCCUUCUCAGGGCGGUGGGAUUGAUCAGGCCAUGAGAGAAGCGCAGAGGGCGAUGGGCAACCUCGUCGUCGCGGAGUGA